UUUUCAUAGAUAGCCCAUACAUGGAGGUGGGCAUGAGUCGGGCCAGCAUACGGGCCAGUUCGGGCCAGCACGAUUUGACCCCGCCCGGCCCGUUGUUAUUUGCACAAUUCACCACCACUCUACUUUUUCUAUGAAUAUUCGUCGUUGGUAGCUAUGAGGUGUCAAAUAUCUGUAUGUCUUAUCCUCAUCUUCGGCUACAACCUACAAGUACUCCCAAAAAAAUAGUCCUCCAUUUCACCAAUAACAAUUACAUAGUUGACUGUACUCUAACACCCAUUAAUGGAUCAUCUCAAACCGAGAGCUGCUAAUUCUCCACCACUCACCCCUUUGGGUUACCUGGAACGUGCAGCCACUGUGUACGGUGGCUGCACUUCCAUCGUAUAUGGCAAUACCACCUAUACAUGGGCCGAUACCCACGAUCGCUGUCUACAGAUCGCAUCCUCUCUAUCUUCCUGUGGCAUCAAAAGAGGGCAGGUGGUUUCUGUUCUUGCACCCAACAGUCCUGCUGCAUAUGAGCUCCACUUUGCUGUUCCCAUGUGUGGUGCUAUUCUCAACAACAUCAACACCCGCCUCGACCCGAGGACUAUCUCGAUCCUUCUCUGUCACGGGGAAUCGAAGCUUGUGUUCGUUGACCAUGAGCUCUCGAAUCUCCUCCUCGAAGCGUUGAAUCUCCUCCCGCCCACCCACCCUCGUCCGCAGGUGGUCUUGAUCGAGGAAACAGAUCAAAGUUUUAGAAGUAACACAGACGGGAUUCAAUCUCAAGUUUUAAGUAGUCAAUACUUAACCACGUACGAGGAAAUGAUUAAAAAGGGGGACUCCAAAUUUAAUUGGAUUCGACCUGAAAGUGAGUGGAGCCCGAUUGUAUUAAACUAUACAUCGGGUACCACUUCAUCACCAAAAGGAGUGGUACAUAGCCAUCGAGGGGCGUUUAUUAUGUCGAUGGACGCCCUCAUCGAUUGGUCCGUCCCUAAACAACCUGUCUACUUAUGGACCUUACCUAUGUUCCAUGCCAACGGAUGGAGCUUCACAUGGGGGAUGGCAGCGGUAGGGGCCACCAAUAUUUGUCUCCGGAAAUUUGAUGGCCCCACCGUCUUUGACACUAUCCAGGCCCACAAUGUCACACACAUGUGUGGUGCCCCGGUUGUCCUCAACAUGCUUUCUAAUCUUCCCAACCCCACUCCACUUUCUUCCCCUGUCCACAUCCUUACCGCAGGAGCUCCACCUCCUGCGGCGAUUCUCCUUCGAACGGAAUCCCUUGGUUUCAUCGUUAGCCAUGGGUAUGGCUUAACGGAAACCGGGGGAUUGAUCGUAUCCUGUGCUUGGAAGCCGAAAUGGAAUAAAUUUCCUGCUUCAGAAAGAGCAAAACUCAAAGCUCGUCAAGGGAUACGAACACUAUCAGCCUCUGAGGUGGACGUGAUUGAUUCAGAAACCGGAAAAUCUGUUCCGAAAGAUGGACAUACAGUAGGAGACAUUGUUUUAAGAGGUGGGUUCUUGAUGUUAGGGUAUUUAAAAGACCCAGAAGGGACUUCCAAGUGCAUGGGAGAUGAUGGUUGGUUUAGGACAGGGGAUGUUGGUGUGAUGCACCUAGAUGGUUAUUUGGAGAUCAAAGAUAGAUCAAAAGAUAUUAUUAUAAGUGGAGGUGAAAAUAUUAGUAGUGUAGAGGUUGAAUCAAUGAUUUAUAGUUAUCCGGGGGUGAACGAGGCAGCGGUGGUGGCUCGGCCCGAUGAGUAUUGGGGUGAGACGCCGUGCGCGUUUGUGAGCUUCAAGGAUGGGGUGAAAAACCCACCUAGUGAACGAGAUGUUAUUGAGUAUUGUAGGGCAAAACUGCCACAUUAUAUGGUACCUAAAACUGUGGUUUUUAAGAAAGAGUUGCCUAAAACAUCCACUGGGAAGAUUCAGAAAUUUGUACUCAGAGACAUUGCUAAGGCUUUAGGGCCUUCAAAAGCAAGUCGCUUAUGAUUGGAAAACAAGUAAAUUUUACUCAGUACUCACGGUUUAUUGACUCGGGCUAGUUGUCACUUGUCAGAUUUUAUUAUCACCGAUAAUUGAUAAUAGAAGUAUGUAAACUAUAGAUGUAUAUGUAGUUUUUUCGGUGAGCAUUUACGUGUAAAAAAUGGUAUCAUAUUAUAUUGUUAUUCGUA